AUGAUUUUGAAGCUGAAAUCGAGUUUCGCAUUGAGUUUGAGAGAAAGAUCGAGUUAUUAUCAACAAAAUAAUCGAAGGUUUCCACCAGCAUUUGUGAGGUGAGCGAAAAAUCAAAGGUUUUUUAUCAAUUUUAUGAAUAAAAAACUUUCAGGCGAUUCUGGCUCCGUCACCCAAAUGCUCAUCUCUAUUUAGUGUUUGGUUUAUGCUCUUCUGCCAUGAUCGCACCAGUUUUACAUUCUGUAAGUUUUUCAAAAACACAAAUCGAUUUUCAUUUCGAAAUUUCAGUGUUACCUUUAUAUGACCAUGUCAAAAUCUGAAUUCGACGCUUAUCGAAUCGAACAAAAUGCAAUAGUUUUGGAGCGACAAAAAUAUGGUAUGGUUUUAUCUUUGAAAAAUUUAGAAUAACUUGAAAAGUAUGUUUUUCAGGAAAAGGAUUAUGGUUUCCUUUUUUAUCCAACAAGGAUACGAAAAAUGAGGAGGUUAAUAAAAUGUGA